UGUUGAUGAUGAUGGACACUUCUUCCCUGAGCCCUGGCCAGAUUUUCGGUGUGGACUGGAGUGGAGAUUUUUGGAGGCUGAGAUAGUGGGACGUACGUUAUUUUUUUGGAGGAGAACAGAGUGAGCGGCCACGUUUGGAAAAGUUCUCCACACGCAUCGUUGGAAAUUACAACAGGUUGACCUGUCACCAUGACAACGGAAGUGGGCUCUGAGACAGAGGUGAAGGAGAAAGCCGAGGAGUCUGCUGCUCAGCCGGACCAAUCGGAGAAGGCUUCGGAGGAAACCCAGGAAGUAGCGAACACUGAGGGAGAGGAGAAGGAAAAAGAGAAGGAGAAAGAGGGGAAAGGAAUAUCUCGAUACCUGCCAACAUGGCUUAGGAAGCAGAAGUCUCAGAGUCAGACCUCCCCGACCAAGGAGCCCCCGCCCACAGAGGAAGCCGUUAGCAAGGUGACCCAGGAAGAGGAAGGGCCUGCCCCAGAAGUGAACGGUCACGCUGAGGAAGUGGAAGAAAAGGAGGCAGUAACGUCUGAGCAAGUGAAGGAAAAAGAAGCAGAAUCUCAUUCAAACGCCAGUGCAGAGACUGAGCCCGCCAAGGAAGAGAAGGCGGAGGAGAGCCCUGAGAAAAGCCCUGGGGAGGCUGAGGUGGCAACAGAGGGAGAAGGGUCAGAGGAGCAAAAGAAGGAGCAGGAAGGAGAGGGGAAAGGUGAAGAGGAGGGAGGGGAAGCCCAGACCUCCAUUUUCCAGUCUCCUCUUCGCUUGGUGAGGAAGACCAAGAUGAAGCUGAUUAUGUGUCGCGUGACACUCCUGGACGGGACCGACUUCACCUGUGAGGUGGAGAAACGUGCGAAGGGCCAGUACUUAUUCUUUAAGGUGUGUGAGCACCUUAACCUACUGGAAAAAGACUACUUCGGUCUGGCAUACACGGACAGCCAUGAACAGAAGUGUUGGUUGGAUCCCACUAAGGAAAUCAAGAGACAGAUACGCAGUAACAACUGGCAGUUUGCGUUCAACGUCAAGUUCUACCCUCCUGACCCCUCACUGCUCACUGAAGACAUUACCAGGUACCUUUUGUGUCUGCAGCUCCGUGAAGAUGUGGCUUCUGGUCGGCUGCCUUGCUCAUUUGUCACUCACGCUCUCCUGGGGUCAUACACAUUGCAGGCAGAAUUUGGUGACUAUGAACCCGACCAGCCUCGCCCUCUGGACUAUAUCGGUCAGCGGACCUUUGCACCCAAUCAGAACAAGGAGAUGGAGGAGAAGAUUCUUGAGCUCCACAAGUCUCACAGGGGAAUGACACCAGCACAGGCCGACGCUCAGUUUCUAGAAAAUGCCAAGAAACUGUCCAUGUAUGGUGUGGACCUGCACCAUGCUAAGGAUUCGGAAGGCGUGGACAUCAUGCUUGGCGUGUGCGCCAACGGACUCCUGGUUUACAAAGACAGACUUCGGAUAAAUCGUUUUGCCUGGCCCAAAAUACUCAAGAUUUCAUACAAGAGGAACAACUUCUACAUUAAGAUCAGACCAGGAGAGACGGAGCAGUUCGAGAGCACAGUGGGAUUCAAACUCCAGAAUCAUCGAUCUGCCAAAAGGCUGUGGAAAGUCUGUGUGGAGAAUCACAGUUUCUUCAGGUUAAACGCACCAGAACCUCCUACCAAGGCCCGCUUCUUGACCCUGGGCUCCAAAUUCCGUUACAGCGGGCGGACCCAGGCCCAGACCCGCGCGGCCAGCUCCCUCAUAGACCGACCUGCACCCAACUUUGAACGCACCUCAUCUAAACGGAUCAGCCGCAGUCUGGAUGGAGCACCAGUGAUCAGCAUAACGGAGGCCAGCAGGGACACGGCUGAAAACGGGCGUGAGCUCCACUCUGACUCUAAGUUUAAAGAGGUGGACUUAAGCCCUGGUGAUGCGGAAGCCGCACCAACCCAGUCACUUGGAGCCAGUGAGCUUGCCCUCUCUCAGGACCAUGAUAAGACCCAAGAAGAGGUUCUGAAACACCAAGCUAGCAUUAGCCAGCUAAAACGCUCCUUUAUGGAGGCGCCACCUCCCUCUCCUCCUCAGCCCAACCAGUGGGAGAAACGUCUCACCUCCUCUCCCGCUACAGCGAUACGUGUUCAACAGCAACAAGUGGAGAGUGUGCCCCAAACAGAAGCAGAUGCUGCCGAUAACGUGAUCUCUGAUACCAAAGAGCCUGCAAAGACAACCGAAGUUGAAAUUGAAGAAACCGUUGUCGUCCAGGAGGUUUCCAAAGCACCCAAACCUGGACUUGUCAUAGUUACAAUCAGCCCUCCUGCUGAGCAGGAAGUGAAAGUCGAAGAGGAAGUAGUGGUAGCGGCGGAGGCAAAGGUGGUGAAGCAGGAGAGCAUUUCAUCUGAGAGCGAGAGUGAAGAAGAAGCGGAGUACCAUCCAAAUGUCUCCGUGUCCAUCUCUCAUACGCAAAUACCGGAGGAGAAGGAAGAGGAGGAAGAGCAGGAGAAGAAAGAGGAGGAGGAGGAGGAGGAGACAGCGGAGCAGGACAUGGCUCCAGACGCUUCUUCCCUCCCAGCGGAAGUCAGCCGACAUGUGGCGGCGACCGGUCGAGAGGCAGAGGAGUCCAGGAAAGAGGACACAGAGACAGAGAAGAAGAAUGCAGAAGAGGAGAACGACGGUGAGAGGGAGCUGGAGGAAAGCGCAGAUGAUCCGAUGGUGACGCCAGACGAAGCUCCUAAUGGUCUCCCCCUGCCCGAGGAGGGCGUGACCGGGAUGGUCGCCCCCGCAGAGGAAGAGGAAGAGCCUGAGCCUAAAAUGAACGGAGAAGCCUCUCUGGUUGAAGCAGAACCACGGCCGCAGGUUAUUUGUUGCUCUGAGCCACCUGUGGUAAAGACAGAAAUGGUGACUAUAUCAGACACGUUUGCAGCCCAGAAAACUGAGAUAGCUACAAAAGAAGUGCCCAUCGUACACACGGAAACCAAGACCAUCACAUAUGAAGCCGCACAGUUGGAUGGUAACGGCGACGGCGAGCCCGGAGUGUUGAUGACUGCUCAGACAAUCACCUCUGAAUCUCUGUGUACUACCACAACCACACACAUUACCAAGACGUUAAAGGGCGGCCUAUCAGAGACAAGGAUUGAGAAACGCAUCGUUAUCACUGGCGACUGCGACAUCGACCACGACGAGGCACUGGCCCAGGCCAUUAAGGAGGCCAAAGAGCAACAUCCUGACAUGUCUGUUACCAGAGUGGUGGUUCAUAAAGAAACUGAACUGGCUGAGGAGGAGGAUUGACUGAACUCAGAGUUGAAGGGCCCACCGUGACUGUUUUCUCUGUUGACGUUUAACGACCUUCAUAACCCUGCAACAACCAACCCUGACUGACUGAAGAGGAGGAGGAGGAGGAGGAGGAGCUGAAACACAGGAGGAGAAGGGGGUAGACAAAUGGGGAGACGUUGCCGAUCUCUUCCCAGUGGGUCUCUCUUACAUGUUUGUGGUGCGUCUAAAUCCCUCACUCCAAAACCAAGAAAAAGAAUAAUAAUAUCGUCACUCUUCCUGAGGGAACAGAAAAGAACCACUUUGUUAGCUUAACAUUUGUAGCGUGUUUUAAAUUUUUAAUAGAGCAUUUUUUUUCUUUUAACUGUUUGUUUUACAAAAAGACAGAAGAUAGUGUGUCUGUCAUGUCUUGCAAAAAUAAAAUUAGUAGGGAUGCACUGAUAACCAAUCCUGAUGAGAUACAAGGCUGAAAAAGAUUUUUAUACCAUUGUACCAGUGAUCUUCACACUGAACACUGAAAAGUCAAAGCAAAGUUUCUCAUGCAUUUCAAAAAGGAAAUUUUUGUCUGAAAGUCAUUCAUUUGACACGGACGGUAUGUACUUGGAAUCUGCAUCAGCGAUGGAAAAGUUGUGUUGGUGCAUUCCUGGCAAACAAAAGAAAGUAAUUUGUUAAAUUACAGCUCCCUCACUUGAUUGUGAUUUAAAUAGAGAGUAAACAUAAUGUGAAUUUCUACAGCAACAACUUGGUCUUUGAAAACAUUUUUUUUCAAAGUGUAAUAAAGUCAAAAAAAAAACACAUUCAGGUGAACCAGCUGUGUCACCUUAUCACAGUGUAAUACUCAUAAUUACAGAAAAUAGGGAGCUGUAACUUAAAAUACUGCAGUAAGAACCAAUCAACCUGGUUUACGAAUUUUUAUAAUUAUUUUUUUUCCUCUGUAAGUAUAGUUAGUAUUCAUCCACAUUCCUCGUGUGUUGACUCGCGUUGGCUGAGUGAGUUCAUUUUCAGUUAAUUUUACCUUUUUCACAGCCGGCGGGGAUGGACGGAGCCUUAGUCGGAUUAAUGGGUUUGACUUUAAUUAAUCUGGAGAAGCCAAAUGGUGCAGGUGGAAUAAAUUCCAUGUGAUAUAUUUGUACGUUUUACUUUAUUUUGGAAUUUUUACUAAACAGAAAUAAAUUUGAACUGAAAAUGAACUGACUUUAAAGCCGGUUUAUACAACUUUCUGUACAGUAAAAAACUAAUGAAGAUGAUUAGAUGGGAGCAGUAAUGCAGCUUUUUAUUACCUUAAACGCUCUCCCUGGGCCCGCCCACUGUACAACACUAGCCAUUCCCGUUGGGCCGCAGGGGAACAAGGGAGCAGACUUAUGAUUGGGAGAGAGGACCAGUAAACUGAAGGAUAAUUGGGAGAUAGAGGUGGCGCUGUGCAGUGCCGAACCAACAACUUGGGAGUGAUAAUGAAUUGAACAUUGAUGCAUGUUGGCCUUACUCUACGGCAAGUUUCACUCCUGUUUUAAUAUGCUUAGGACAAUGUUUAAUACAUAAUCUGCUAUUUAAAUUAUUCAGAGUACUGUGCUCUAACCAGCACAGGUACCAAAACUAGGAUUUACAGUUGGAACAACUUGAAACAAGAAUUCAAAAUAAUGGGAUUUCUACCAGCAUGCUAACUCUGCAUCAGAGCCUGUUUGUCGCCAUAGUUUAGCUUAAUUUCGCUCCCAGCUUCUUUUCAUACCUGACUAGACAAUAGCAAGAAAACCUGCUAGAUAUCAUGAGAUCUGGGAUUCAAUUCAGCAUGUCUUCACACAGUUUUAUCUAUCUUGAGUGAGUCUAGAUAGAAGCCUUCUGUAUUGAUUGGUUUUAGAGCGUUUAGAUGACAGAUUAUCUUGGCUCAUACCGGACGUCUAGAUAAUAUGGCUGCGUUGUAACUGCUUCACCGCGACCAAGUGUUUUUCAGCAGUAAAAUAAAUUUUAUGUUUUUGACCCAUUUUAGUUUCAAAAUGACAUUGAGUUCUAUUCUACAUGAUUCUGCUACACAAAAUCAUAAGGGACUGAAUCAGUCAGUACACUACUCCCAGGCAUGGAAACGGUUACAACACAGCAGUAAAACGCAGCUUAAAAGGGAAGUCUUAUCCGAGGGUUUGAAGUGCUCUUGAACCCCAUAAAUGGAAUAUCUUUAUGUUUUUAUUCAGUUUCUGUGUCCUUUUACCCCAAGUGUUCAGCAGAAUUCCACAAAAAUGUGAUUUUGUGUAAAUAUUGGUGGCAUUAAAUGGGUUAGAGCAAGGUUCUUGGUCUAAUGCAUUUAGUUGACGCAGAAAAACAGAAACACUUUCCUGAAAUUCAGCUGACUGUAAGCAAAAAAGUGCCACAGAUUUAAUACAGAAACAUUCCAUCUGUUCCUACCUAGAUUUGUUUAACCCUCCAGUCUGACUGGACAAAGUGACGUUUUGAAUUGGGAGUCGACUGAAUUUUUUUCUUUCUAUUCACACAUUCUCCGAAUUUAAAAUAGUAUGUGCCUCUUAAUUUAACCCCAAUUUUAAACUUUUCUUUCUGGACUGAGUCAUGUCCAGGCCAUGGAGCGGUAAUGACUGUCUAGGCUUUCUACUGGGAAACACUGGUCUGACCUCUACUAUGCAGUUAAAUGACAUUCCAGAUGAGGGGGAAGCUUUAACCUCUAACCCUCUUGCAAAGAGGCAAAGCAGCAGAAAAACAUAAAUAAAUAAAAAACAUGCAACACUAGGCAGCUUUGGAAGCUUUCGCUGUUCCAAAAAAAACAUAAAAAUCUUUUUAAAAGGCUUCGAUUAUAUCACAACGGCUAUAUUUGUCUGAUGAUUUUUCUCGUUUGUCGUCUUUUCUCUGUGAAACUGAUCUAGUUGAAAGGUGGGAUUUAUUGUGCGCCCUCUUGGAUGUUUUUAAUAUUGUCAGUGUUUUUGACAUUGAACACCACUACAAAUCCAAAACACUGCUGGCACCAUUUCCUUUUUGUACUUUUUGCCCCAGGUUUAACCUCUUUUCCGGGAGGGGGUCUGGGCUCUGUUUUAACCAAUCACAGGAGCUCUGGGGCUGCAAGGUCUGGUUUUCCAAAAUGUUGGUUGUGCUUUUCCCUGUGAGUUUCAUUUGAGGUCACUCAGUGGUUACCAUCUCAACUCCAUAGUGUCUCUUCAAACAAGAAAUGAUGAUUCAACGCCAGCUGAUUUUAAAAGUGUCAGGGAUCAAAACAUUGUAACAUUAUGGAGGGCAAUGUUACACAGAAAAACCAACAAACAUGCUGCAUCUCUUUCUGCCUGAGGCUGAUGAGGCAGAUGUUUCAAAAGACAAAUGAUUAUUGGACUAUGUUCUUUACAGUUAUAUGUCAGGCUCUGGACUACAGUUUGGACAGACGAGACCGUGAAAAGUCAAUAAAUACCAACACAAUUUUGUAUUUUAACUACUUAAAACUCACUUUCAGCAAAAUUUUUUAAAGAAACAAAUUUCGGAGAACCAACCACAGCUGCCUCACCGUUCCCUGUUAGCCAACCAAUGAUCACUGGUAGUGUUUUUCUAUCUAGCAGCUUAACUGUCUUGUGUCUCCCUACACACACACACACACACACACACACACACACACACACACACACACACACACACACACACACACAGCCAGCCACUCCUCCCCUAUGUAACACUGUUUAAAUAAAGGAUUGUUAUACUCUGAAAA